AUGAGCGUUCUAAGGGGUUUAGGCCGUGUUCAGACACGUGGCUUUGCGUCCUCAACCGCAGCGUUAUCAAACAUCGGCAAGCAGCCAAUCAAGCUUAUCGAAGGCACAUCCUUCGCCAUAGAAACGAUUCCGCCGGAAUUCUGCAGAUCAUUCGCCAAGAGAGACAAGGUGUAUACGCUAGGCAGACAGGUCAUCAUCAAAGGUCCAUUGGGCACGAUACGAACCGAGAUUCCGCAGUUCUUGAAAGUCCGGCCCUCGGAAGACGACCCGAGUCUAUUAACGGUCAAGGUCGACAAACCAACCAACAAGCUACAGAAGCAAUUCUGGGGCACCAUGCGCUCGGCGAUCCAGAACGCGGUGAUCGGCACGUCCGAGGGCCACAUGGCCAUUGUCAAGUUUGUUGGAACCGGGUACAGAGCCAUCUUGGAGAAAAACGCCAAGGGCCAGGAUGUCAUUGCGUUGAAGUUGGGGUUCCCAUAUACGCCAAAAGUCGUUAUUCCCAAAGGGAUCAAAGUCUCGAGCCCCAACCCUGCUCGAUUGGUGAUUGAAGGGUGCGACAAGCAGCAGGUGAAGUUGUUUGCUGCGGUGAUUAGAGAAUACAAGAAACCUGAGCCCUAUAAAGGUAAGGGAAUAUUCGUGGACGACGAGACCAUUGUGCUUAAGGAGAAGAAGAUCAAGUAG